AACAUGACGGAAGCGGUCCAGACUUACGGUCGUAAGAAGACUGCCACUGCUGUGGCUCACUGCAAGCGUGGCCAUGGUCUCAUCAAGGUCAACGGCUCCCCCAUCGACCUGGUCGAGCCCGAGAUCCUGAGGACCAAGGUCUACGAGCCCAUCCACAUCCUCGGAAAGGAGAGGUUCGCCGACAUCGACAUCCGUGUCCGCGUCUCCGGAGGAGGUCACGUUUCGCAGAUCUACGCUAUCCGUCAGGCUAUUGCCAAGGCCAUUGUUGCUUUCUACCAGAAGUACGUUGACGAGGCGUCGAAGAAGGAGAUCAAGGACCUCCUGGUCCAGUACGACCGUACCCUUCUUGUCGCUGACCCUCGUCGGUGCGAGCCCAAGAAGUUCGGAGGUGCCGGUGCCCGCGCUCGUUACCAAAAGUCCUACCGUUAAGGGAAAUACAUUCUAUCAUUAUCUGGGAGGCAAACCAACCGUCGAUCAUUUCAUCACUUUCUUCGUUCUGGAUUCUGGGUCUGUUGCGUGGUCAGCAUCGAAUGAAUACGCAGUUUUGUAUAUACCAUUCCUGCGGGCCCAGACUUGAAUAGAAUUGAUUGGCAAGCACGAUGUGCACAGAUUGUCUGCAGGAGAUGUGGUCGAGCGGACAGAUGGUCGUCGAUGGUGAGGCGUGGAGGAGGAUUGUAAACCAAAGGUCGAGAAAACGGGUGCAGGAUGUUCACAUCCAUUUCGAUCACGAGGAACUUUGCAAAACUACUGGAAAUAUGGAGUAGGUCCAAGC